UGUUGUGUAGUUACUCCCAAGAGAGAGGCAACUACGAUUUCUUUCUCACUUCCUUCCGACACUUUUCAGCCUGCUAUUCCCCUUCCAUUUAUAUAUGUUCUAAGGUGAGUCAGUGUCAAAAGGACAUCAAGAUUUUUCGUCCAUUAUAAUUGCUAAAUUGUUGCAAUUUACAAUUAUCGCAAAAUGUUGCAUGUAAUAGCGAGACGAGUACGUUUACAGGCAAUAACAAUUGUUCCUUUACGAACGUACAGUGCAGAGGCUUCGAGUAUUAAUCAAUAUGCUGUGAAUACUAAUGUGCCAGGUCUCAGUGAAAAUGUCGUCAAAGUACCAAACACACGACCUGGUGCCUCCAAAAAUAAGGAGUACAAAAAUCCCGAAUAUUUCUGUUAUCAUGUGGAGUCAUUCGGAGAAGCUGAAGUAGAACUAGCAAAAUAUAGAUUACCAGUACCAUCUAAUAAGAAACCGUUCCAUAGGUAAAUAAAUCAAGAGAAAAAAAAAUUUUACAUGUAGCGAAAUAAAAAUAAUUAUAUAAAAUAACGAAAAAAUAAGGUAUAAAAUGAGAUGUGGUAAUGACAGACGCUAUGUACUCAAAAUUGUAUUAUACACUACAAAAAAAAAAAAAAA